UGACGCGGGUGUAGCUUCACGCUUAGCUUCACGCUAGCUCGAGCUAACAGCUAGCCUCUUCAGACCGGCAGAGACCCUCCUCCUGCGGGACGUUUUCUCUCCGGUACCGGCUCUCCUCCAGACUCUGGUUCUCCCCCUCUCCGGUACCGGCCUCCUCCUCCAGCCUCCGGCUCUCCUCCUCUCCGGUACCGGCUCCCUCACUGCUUCUUCUCCUCCGAACAGAACCAUGUCGGCCAUUCAGCGGAUGAAGGUGGCGAACGAGCGGCACAGCAAGAGCAUCACCCAGCGGGGACACGUCCAGAAAACAUCGCGGCCUGUGAACGAGGAGAAGUCUCCGGUCGGUCCCUGGCUCCUCGCUCUCUUUGUCUUCGUGGUCUGUGGAUCAGCAAUCUUCCAGAUCAUCCAGAGCAUCCGGCAGGGCAUGUGAUGACCUCUGACCCCGAGGAGCAUGACCCCCUACACACACACACACACACACACACACACACACACAC